AGAAGACAGACACCACCCACACACACUCAGACACACACUCACGCCACCAUGAGACCCAUCUUGUUGUCUGGUCACGAGCGCGCGCUCACUCAGGUGAAAUACUCGAAAGAAGGCGAUCUCAUUUUCUCCGUUUCCAAAGACCACGUCGUGUGCGGCUGGUACAGCACGAAUGGCGAGCGAUUCGGCGUAUACAAGGGCCAUCAGGGUGCCCUCUGGACUGUCGACGUCGACCCGACCACCACUCUCCUCGCUUCGGGAGGCGCAGACAACACGAUACGGCUGUGGGAAGUGCGGACGGGCAAACUGCUGAAGACGUGGGAAUUCGGAACCGCCAUCAAGCGCGUUGAGUUCAACGAGGACGGUACACAGCUGCUGGGCGUGACGGAGAAGCGCGCGGGACAACUAAGCUCGAUCCUGGUCUACGACAUCAACCAGGACCCAGCGGGCGAACAGGCCAAUGAAUACAGCAUGCGCAUCGUCGUGGACGACAUUCCCAAGGUCACAGUCGCCGGCUUCUCCUACAUGACCAAGUUCAUCAUCGCAGGACACGAAGACGGCAGCGUGACACAAUACGACGCAAAGGACGGUUCUGAGCUGAACCAUGUCUUCCCUCACGAGGAGAACUCGCCAGUCACAGAUUUGCAGUGGAGCUCGGAUCGCACCUACUUCAUCACGUCGUCAAAAGACAAAACCGCCAAGCUCAUCGAUGCGAAGACUCUAGAUGUGCUCAAGACAUAUGUCGCAGAUACGCCCCUCAACAGCGCCGCCAUGACACCCGAGCCCACCAACUAUGUCAUUCUGGGAGGUGGACAAGCAGCGAUGGACGUCACGACCACAUCCGCCCGACAAGGAAAGUUCGAAGCCCGUUUUUACCACAAGAUCUUCGAAGAGGAGGUGGGCAGAGUGAGAGGUCAUUUCGGUCCUCUGAACUAUGUUGCCGUCGACCCUUCCGGCAAGUCAUACUGCAGUGGUGGUGAGGACGGAUACGUUCGAGUACACCACUUCGACCCACCUUUCUUCGACUUCAAGUUUGAAGUGGAGCGAGAGCUGGAGCGAGAAGGGAGGAUGUAAAGGAAGCGCAUGUUCAUGAGCGACGAAAGCUAGAUGAAGGCGAAGGAUGGCAUAGCAAGGCGUUGUGGCGUAAGGUACGUCCGGUCGAUCGACCGACAUGAGGUCUGUGAAGUGCAUCAAAGCGCUCGGAAACUAGACUCUUUGACGCCGAAAAGGUAGCCUAUUCGAAUGACACCAGCUCGCGGCUGUUUUGCAGCACUCCUCGCUCGUACGUGUAUCCUUGUGAGCACCGGCCUCACCACGAUCCAGGAACCUGCACGGCUUUGCUUUUGUCGAAAUUUAGUGGACUGGGGGGGGUGAACGGAGAUACUGCCUACUACCUUAGGCUGGAAUACGAUUCCCUCUCGGAUGAGAAUGGAUGCAUCUGAAUAUCGAAAAGUCGGCAAGGGACAAUAUUCUUUGAUACACUUCUACAUUGUCACAGCAAAGACGCCAAGAUAUCUGUCUUCGAGAGGUGUAUGCGGGGUUGCAGAUUCCACACGUCUAUCUCCCACUUCUGCUCACCACCUGCACACUUAUACAUAUUUCCUCAUAUAGCUAGCCUAGCUGGACAGAAAGCAAUGAAAGAAGAAGAAGGAGAAGAAGGAGAACCACGACUACAUCAUCCUCCCAAAUGGGUUCUCGUCACCAACGUCACCCCCGGCAGCUUAGCAGAAGCCUUCACAC